AUCGAGUUGCCGAGUAUGUGUAGCCGUUAUUACGUUUCGUCGCGUGAAAAAUUGGCAUUUGGAUUUUGGCAUUUCUCUGCUAAAUAUUCGUAUUUUUCCAUUAUUUCCUAUAAUUUUACUCAAUAUAAAUUCUUAAACGAGGUGUAACAAGUUCUUAAUUGCUAAAAUGACUGUAGACGGGGAUGAGAAGCCUCCCCGGGACCGGGUUUUUAUGGACAUAUCCAUUGGGGGUUUGCCUUCAGGACGUAUUGUGUUCGAGUUAUUCAACGAUGUGGCGCCGAAGACUGCUAAGAAUUUCCGUGAGCUGUGCACCGGGGAGAUGGGGCUCGGGAAGAACACCGGCAAACCGCUCACUUACAAGGGUAUGGUGUUCCACCGAGUGGUGAAAGACUUUAUGAUACAAGGAGGAGACUUUACCAAUGCCAAUGGGACUGGCGGGGAGUCCAUCUACGGUGGUACCUUUGAAGAUGAAACAUUUGAGUUACAACAUGACAAACCAUUUCUUUUAUCCAUGGCCAACAGAGGCAAGGACACCAACGGGUCACAGUUCUUUAUAACAACACAGCCGGCGCCGCAUCUCGACAAUGUGCACGUAGUGUUCGGGGCGGUAGUGAGCGGCGCGGCGCUGGUGCGGCAGCUGGAGACGCUGCCGGUGGACCGCAACGCGCGCCCGCUGCAGGACGUGCGCGUCGACAACUGUGGACAACUCGUCAAGCUCAACACCGGUAAAAAACGCAAGCAAGAGAAGGAAGAAAAAGAAGAGAGUGGUGAUGAUUCAGACAAGUCCCACAAGAAAGAUAAAAAGAAGAAGAAAGAUAAGAAAGAAAAGAAAAAGAAAAGGCACCACUCAGCGCCAUCAGGUGAUGAGGAAGAGAUACUCGACGCUCCCGCUCAUCCCCUGGUCCAAACAUCCAAGAUAGAUCCGCGGGAGAUCCCGGAUAUACCCACCAACAGGUUCCUCAUGCGAGGUGGCAGGGAUUUAGAUCAGAGGAAUGAACCUAGGAGAGAUAGAGAAAGGAUGAGGUAUCGCGAGAGGGAGCGGCACGCGUACACGCGCAGCGGUAGGAUUAUAAAGGGACGCGGCGUUUUCCGUUACCGCACGCCGUCGCGGUCGCGGUCCCGCUCGGUGACGCCGCCGCACUGGCGCCAGGCGCAGAGGCGCAUCAUCAAACUGUCAGAGUUCGAGCGCGCCGAGCAGGAGCGCAGCGAGAGGGAACAGCUGGAGCCCGCGCCGCCCCGCGCGCCGCCCCGCGCGCCGCCCCGCGCGCCCGCCAGCGAUGGCGGCGGGACCCCGGAAAAACCUGGAGAGAAAGAAGAGGGGGAAUGUGACACUACAAUCGAAACUUCCCGGCACGAGAAGAUCGACUAUAACGCUCUCGACUUCGAGGAGGACAUCGAACAUGACGGCGUUGUGUGUGCAGGCGGCGCCGCAGCGGAGGCGGAGUGGUCGGGGGUGCGGGCGGCGGGGCAGGCGGGGGGGCCGGCGGGGAGGCGCGCCGAGCUGCUCGCGCGCGCGCUCGGCGUCAACCCCAAGCACGACGAGCACCGGGAUGGGCGUGAUACCCGGCGGCGAGAGGGACUCGUCUCUACGGUGGGGUAUGCGGCUCCCAAGCUGCCUUCCGCCGUCGCUAACGUGUCUGAGGGCCUCGGCUCGAGCUCCAAACUUGCGGCACCUGAGGAGCCCAAAGACGGCUACGACCCCUUCAGUCUGCUUCGAAGCACUUUCAACAGGGACAGGAAUAAACAACAGAGAGAUGUCAGGACAGAUGAACGUGUAGAAAGGAUAGACCGUCGCGACAAAGACAAGGAGGUACACAAGGAAAAAGAGAAAGAAGACAGGCGCGAACGGCACAGGAGCGAGCGAGACGACAGGAACCGCAAGGAUGGGCGAGAUGUAAGGGACCGCGGGCAAUUCGAGUCGGAGGACCGAGCCCGUAAGUAUCCCGAAAUAGAAAGGAAACGCUCUGAGACUGACGACCGGGCUCGCAAGCAAUCUGAAUCCGAUGACAGAGAUCGCAAAAAUUCUGAAGAUAAGGACAGCCGGGCUCGCAAGUAUUCCGAAACUGAUGACAGAGGCCGCAAACAUCAGGAAACAGACAAAUAUCGUAAACGCUCCGAAUCUGUCGAGAGAGGUCGUAAAUAUUCAGGAGAUAGUGCCAAAUACAAGAAAAAAUCCGAGUCUGUUGACAGAUCCCGUAAGCGAUCCGAAGAAAAAGAAUCUGGAAGGAGUCGUAAAUUAUCUGAACGAGACGAUCGCUACUUCAAGUCUAGAGACGACAGAGAACAUAAACACAAAUCCAAUAACAAGGGUGACAGGCGAGAUCGGUCGAGGGAGAGGGAGCGAGAUAGAUCCACGGAGAAGGACAGAAAGAGAGAGAAGAGGAGUGAAGACAAACAUAGAGUAGAAGACGAUAAGAGUAAGCGGAGGAGAUCGCGGACUGCUUCCAAAGACAGGUCAAAAUCGCCGAAGUCCAAAGAACGCAAGCGUUCCCGUUCCGCGUCAUCGAAACGCGAACAAAAGCCAAACGUGGCCUCUCUAGACAUCGACAAGAAGAAGGUGGAGGAAGAGAGGAACGAGGCCCGCAAGGAGUUGAUGGAGAUCGUGAGGCUCAUCAAGUCUCGUCAGCGGGAGAGAGAGAGCAAGGCGGUCGCAGAGGCGAAGAAGAAGCGUGACUCGUCGAGCAGCUCGUCCGACGACGGCGACAAGCGACGGCGCCGCUCGUCCGACCGCGAUCGCAGGAAACGGAGCGAUAGCCCCAGGUUCCGCGCGCAGUGUACGUAAUCCCGCUUGUGUGGUCAGGUCGCGCCG